AUGUUUACUCUUCUAGGUAAUAUUCCUGCUAAUGCUAAAUGGGCACAGAACGGAGUGACUAUUGCUGGAGGAAACGGGUAUGGAGAUGCCACUAAUCAACUCAGCGGUCAUGAAGGUCUCUUCGUUGAUGACGAUCAAACAGUGGUUAUUGUUGACCGCGAGAAUCAUCGUAUCAUGCAAUGGAAGAACGGUGAUACAACGAAUGGACAAGUUGUUGCUGGUGGUAAAGGCCAAGGAAAUGGAUUACAUAAAUUGGAUCGUCCAACUGAUGUAUUAAUUGACAAAGAGACGGAUAGUCUCAUUAUUUGCGAUUGGGGGAAUCGACGAGUUGUACGAUGGUCUCGUCGUAGUGGUACGACACAAGGUGAAAUACUCAUCGACAACAUCUAUUGUUGGGGAUUAACAAUGGAUGAGCAGAGAUAUCUCUACGUUUCUGACGUCGAAAAACAUGAAGUAAGACGAUAUCAAUUGGGUGAUAAGAAUUACACUCUUGUCGCUGGUGGUAAUGGUAAAGGCGAUGGUCUCAAUCAACUCAACGUGCCGAUAUAUAUUUUUGUCGAUCGACAACAGACUGUCUACGUAUCAGACUACCACAAUCAUCGUGUAAUGAAAUGGAAUAAAGGUGCAACAGAAGGUAUUGUGGUUGCUGGAGGGCAAGGCCGAGGGAAUGCUCUGACGCAAUUGUAUCGUCCUCAAGCAAUCUUCGUUGAUACGUUGGGUACACUAUAUGUAGCAGACUCGGGGAAUCAUCGUGUAAUGCGUUGGACUCAAGGAGACAAAAAACAAGGCACUGUAGUUGUGGGUGGACAUGGUCAAGGAGCAGGAGAAAAUCAGUUCAACUACCCCUGGGGUUUGUCUUUCGAUCGGCAUGGUAAUCUCUAUGUCGCUGAUCGUUAUAAUCAUCGUGUUCAACGAUUUUCUAUCGAAUAA